CUGAACGAAGUAGUAAGCGGAUGUGCAUACAGAAGCUCAGUCUAUAGCAUUCGCAAGUGCCCCAAUACCAGUCGUGACUUGACAGUUUUAUACCAGACAAAAUGGCUGUUAACGGCAUUGCUGUACUACUCGCAAUUGUCGGAUGUUUGGAUCUCGUGGGAGCCUAUCCGAGAGGACCUCCCCCAACAGUAUGUGCAUCCAUGGCCCCUGCUACAUUUCCUCACGGCGAAGCGCAGAAUAUAGCUUCCCCGUACACCGUGAGCACCAGCCAAUCUACCUACAUGCCUGGAGAGACGAUCACCGUGACGCUAUCCAGCCCUGGAAAUACAGCCUUCAGAGGCGUUUUUGUGCAAGCCCGUCUGAAAAAUGGGCAAAGUACCGACCCGCAAGGAACAUUCAUGUUGAGUACUGAGGAAAGCCAAUUGAAGCUAAUGACCUGUGGUAACAGGGCAGGCAGCGCUGUUUCACACAAUUCACGUGACCUGAAAACAUCAAAAACCUUUUCAUGGAAGGCUCCUGAUACUAAUGUUGGGGAUGUGCGGUUCAUGGCAACAUUUGUCCAGGCUACGCAAACAUACUGGACAGGCGUUAUGUCGGAAGAUGUGAUAGGUUCCACUGUUACCACUGCCUCUACGACAGAGAAACCCACCACUACUACAAUGAAACCCACCACUACCACAAUGAAACCCACCAUGACCACUACCACAACGAAAACCAUCAUUACCACUUCCACAAGAAAAGCCAUCAUUACCACUAUCAGAACGAAAUCCACGAGUACCGCAGAGGAACUCAUGACUACCACAGAGACCAUACGGAUGAUACAGAGUACUGCCAGCACAACCAGCGCCCCGGGAAUAUUCAUCUUGGCAUUACUGUUGUUUACGGGUUUAUUACACUUGAUAUUCUACUAAAAUUUAAACACAUCAGCCGUAGAGGAAGGACCAAAACCUUCUGUAUAUAUAUCACUUUUGCUCGCGUCUAAAGACGUUUACAGAUUUGUUAAAAUGUUGCUAAACUAACAUAUUCCAAAUGUUUAUUCAUUUAUUGACCGUACUCCAGGUUAUUUCACUUAUACGACGGCGGCCAGCAUUAUGGUGGGUGGAAA